UCAGCUUCCUCCUGGACCGGCUGCUCCAGUACGAGAAUGUGGAUGAGGAUUCGUCCGAUUCAGACGCAACAGCCUCAUCAGAAAACAGUGAGGGAGAGGGUCCGAAACUCCUGGAUACCCCCGUCAUGAAGAAGAAGAGGAGUCCUCAGCUGGGAGGAUCGGCCUCACCCUCACCCUCGUCUCUCUCUCUACAGCCCACCCUGGGCUACUCACACUCCCAGACUCCGACACCAUCAGCAACUCAAUCCCCAUACCUCAGCUCCAUCACUGCGCCCACGUUCAGCCAGUUUCCCUCGGAGUAUUUAUCCUCCUACUCGAACUCCCACCCCCCGGCUUCAGCUGGAGCAGCCGGAGGCUCCGCUGGGAAAUCGGAGAAAGCCAAGAGGGAAAAACGGACAAAGACCCAGAAAAGCAAGAAAUCCAAGACGCGAGUCCCUCUCCACUCCAGCCACCCUGAAUCUGUGGCCAUGAGCUUUUCCUCUGCCUCCGACCCUCUCUCUGCCCUUUCGUCCAAGCUCCCCCCCACCACCAUUCUCAGCACUGUCCCUCAUCAGAUGUUCAGUGACACAGGAGAGGGCAGCGACGAUGAUGCACUGGAGGGUGAUGACGACCUGGUCAUCGAUAUUCCCGAGUGAGUCACCCGGAUACCCGGAGACUGGGAACACGGAUUCUCCCCCAACCCCGAAUACCCGGUGACUGGGAACACGGAUUCUCCCCUAACCCCGGAUACCCGGAGACUGGGAACACGGAUUCUCCCCCAAUCCCGGAUACCCGGAGACUGGGAACACGGAUUCUCCCCCAAUUCCGGAUACCCGGAGACUGGGAACACGGAUUCUCCCCUAACCCCGGAUACCCGGAGACUGGGAACACGGAUUCUCCCCCAACCCCGGAUACCCGGAGACUGGGAACACGGAUUCUCCUCAAUCCCGGAUACCCGGAGACUGGGAACACAGAUUCUUCCCCAAUCCUGGAUACCCGGAGACUGGGAACACGGAUUCUCCUCAAUCCCGGAUACCCGAGGACUGGGAACACGGAUUCUCCCCUAACCCCGGAUACCCGGAGACUGGGAACACGGAUUCUCCCCUAACCCCGGAUACCCGGAGACUGGGAACACGGAUUCUCCCCUAACCCCGGAUACCCGGAGACUGGGAACACGGUUUCUCCCCUAACCCUGGAUACCCGGAGACUGGGAGCACGGAUUUCCCUGAAUCUUGGAUACCCGGAGAGUGGGAGCAGGAAUUUCCCAGAGGCACACUGAAACAGAUUCCUGACGGACUCCAGUUGAUUAUCCGUGACGCUGGGCGAUCCCGCCUGUAUGUUGCCCGAUUUCAGAAAUAAAAGCUUUCUCCCCCCCC